AUGACGGCCAGGCUACUUGGAAAGCACGAGAAGCAAUCUCUGGACCACACAGUGCUUGAUUGGCUCAAGGAAGAUGGAACUCUGGGAGCCACAGUUCUGAAAAACAAGCUCAAGGAAACUUACAAAGUUGAUGUGACCUACAGAAAAGUUUAUCUAGGUAAACAACUUGCUAUGGACAAAAUUUAUGGUCCUUGGAAUAAAAGUUUUGACAAUCUUUAUAGAUUUAAGGCUCAGAUAGAGGAAAGCAGUCCAGGAUCCUUUGUUGUGAUUGAUCACCACACCAUUGACAACAAGAUAAGGUUCAGGGGGCAGUUGUGCAUAGCUUAUGCAGUUGAUGGCCAUAACUGGAUGUACCCAGUAGCUGUCGGUGUUAUUGACUUUGAAACAAAUGAGAAUUGGGUGUGGUUCAUGCAAAGGUUGAAGGAAGCUCUAGGCAGCCCGGUUGGCCUUACAUUCAGCACUGAUUGUGGGCAGGCAGUGAUGAAUGGAGUUAGUGAGGAAAACCAUAAGAAAUUAUGGACCAGGAGCCAAUUCUCCACAUUGUCAAAGGUGGAUUAUAUUACAAAUAACUUGGCUGAGUCCUUCAACAAUUGGGUAAAGGAUCAUAAGAGCAAGAACCUGGAUGACCUGAUGGAUACCAUUAGACAGUGGAUCUUGAUUAAAUUGAAUCAAAGGAAACGAAUUGUCCAGCAGUUUCAAGGCAAGAUUCUGCCUCAUAUAGUUCAAAAGUUGAGGGAAGACAGCUAUAACCUUGACAUUGAAGUUAUCACAAGCUCACCUGAUGGUAUUGGAGAACUUUGUGCUAAGGAGCGUUCUGCCAGCAGCUAUAGGUUUGUAGUCAACUUAAUUGAGAGGACUUGCACCUGCAGGGCUUGGCAAGGGUCAGGAAUACCCUGCAAACAUGCUAUUGUAUACAUCACAUCAAUUCCUGGUGCUAUCUUAGACGACUAUGUGCAUGAGUACUACUCAAUUGACAAAUUCAAAGCUGCAUAUCAAGGUUCUGUCCCUAGUAUUCCUAACAAGUCCUGCUGGCCCAAAGCCACAUAUGGUUUCUUCAUGCAUCCUCCAUUGCUCAAGUCAACUGCAGGAAGGCACAAGAACAGGAUGAAAUUAGCUAUGGAGGGAGGUAGUGGAGGUAGUGGUAGCAAAGGGACUGGCAAGAGGAGACAUAAGUGCCCAAUAUGCAAAGAGUUAGGGCACCACUGGUACAAAUGUAACAAUGAGAAUCCAGAAGAUAUAGCUGCAAUGAAGCAUGAGAGGUAA